AUGUGUCAGUGCUGAGAAGUGGUGAAAGAGUGAGGACCUUGGCUCUGACAGUCUGUACUUAGCAGGGGAGUGUUCAUUCCCAGCAUUACAUCUGCAUUAGGAAACGUGUUUAGUGCUCAGUAAACACAUCCGAGCCUGACUCAAGGAAGGGGCUGACAUCUUUCUAUCAUAAAGUUCCAUCAUGAGACCUUGUCUACCAACUUCGAUUCAGUGGGAUGUAUGCGCCGUUCUUGCAUUGAUUCUUCUUAAUGUUCAGGCAUUUCCGCAGACAGAGAUUAAAGUCAGUCAAGCAUUCACGGAUAUAAGUCAGCCUUUCACUUGCCCACUGUUUUGGACUGAGUAUAGUGGAAACUGCUUCAGGUUCUUCCCAAUGAAUAAAACCUGGGCUGAAGCAGACUUUUACUGCUCAGAGUUCUCACUCGGCAGGACAACUGCUAAAUUAGUUUCUAUCCACAGCUGGGAUGAAAAUGUCUUUGUCUUUGACCUUGUCAAUAGCCAAGUGACAGGAGUCCCCACAGAUAUAUGGAUAGGAUUGAGUGACAGGAGGCAGGAAGGGGAGUUUGAAUGGACAGAUGGGACACCCAAUGACUAUAAUUACUGGGAUGGAAACCAACCAGAUGAUGCGACCAACUCCAGCCCUGAAGAGGAGGACUGUGUACAGAUGUGGUACCGAUACUACAGUGCGUUGCGCUCCUGGAAUGACAACAGCUGCAAUCGUGGGUUCCCUUUUGUCUGCAAGAUACCAUCCCUCUCCAACAUGUGACUGUUGUUCUUGUCGUCACAGAAAACAAAAAAAACUUUGACUUUUUUAUGGAUAAUUGGCAACCCUACAGUAUUAAAGAAGCACAAUCUGACUUUCAGUCUAUAACCAAAGUGAUUGUCAAUAAAAAUCUUAGUUAAUGGAUGAGCCUGAACUGUGCACAUAGCAAACUAUUGAUCUAGUCACAGUGGAUGGAAACCCUAUUCGUCUGUACAAGCGUGAGACAAUAAAGGACAUUCCUGAUUUA